AUGACAGUUGGCUGUCAGACAUACAAUGAUUGUUUAGAAGAGGAGAAGAUUGAUCCGGAGUACCGUGAUAGUAUUUUAAAAACUAUGAAAGCGGGAAUACUUAAUGGUAAACUAGUUAGAUUAUGUGACGUGCCAAGGGGUGUAGAUGUAGAAAUUGAAACAACUGGUCUAACCGAUUCAGAAGGAGAAAGUGAAUCAAAAGAAGAAGAGUGA